AUGGGAGGUUUUAAAGGGCUCUUGUUAGCACUAGCAUUAGUUCAAUUUUGUAUGGCCGCAACACCUUCGCCAUGCCUGCCUCUUACUUCUCCAUCAUUAGGGUUUAAUGCCGUCUUCUAUCCUUAUAGCUUUAGAGACGAUACGUCGCUGAGGGACUUGAAUUAUAUGAACGGAGGCUAUAAGUCGUUGAAGCCAAUUGCUCUGGCAUCUGGAAUUACAGAUAUAAAUUUUGCUAUAGCUGCCGGUAGUAACCUGAUUGUUAAAGGCCAAAUUUAUGGAAAAACUGUGACAGUUUCAAACUUUAGUGUUGAACUAACUGGUUACUUUCUUGCCCCAGAAACUGGUGAUUACCAACUUCUGAUGUCCGUGGAUGACGGUGCGUUGGUUACAUUCGGUGCUGGUCAGGCAUUUGGGUGCUGUAACACAGUGUCAACAUCCAAUGACGGUAAUUAUGCUCUAUUCACCCAUUGGUAUUCCACAUCUAAUGCUCCAGGACAAACAGUUUCUACACAACAUCUUACGGCUGGAUAUUACUAUCCUAUGAAGAUAUUUUAUGUGAAUAUGCAAAAUCCGAUGAGUAUGACUUUUAAAGUCACUACACCAAGUGGAAAUGUGAUUACCAAUUUUAAAAAUGUUUACACCUUUGCAAAUACGGAUACUCAUUGUCCUGCUGUCAGACCCACAACUACAGUCACCAAGACAUGGACUGGUACCAACGCACAAACAACCACUAACAGCGCUACAUCUUUCGGUACAGACACCGUUGAAAUUGACAUUCCUAUCCCAACAGUGACCACCACUAAGACGUAUACUGGGUCUGAUAUGACAACCAUAACCCAUACUGCUCCACCUGGAGAAACAGCCACCGUUGAAGUUGAUGUUCCUAUUCCAACCACUAUCGUGAUCAAAACUUGGACAGGAUCUGAUAUUACAACUAUUACCCACACUGCAUCGCCAGGAGAAACAGCUACUGUUGAGGUUGAUGUCCCAAUUCCAACAUUCACGACAACGAGAACAUGGACCGGUUCUGACAUUUCGACUACUACUCACACAGCAUCCAUUGGCGAAAAUGCUACAGUUGAGGUCAAUGUCCCAAUUCCAACAAUUACCACGACUAGAACAUGGACUGGGUCUGAUAUGACAACCGUAACUCACACUGCACUGCCCGGUGAAACCGCCACCGUUGAAGUAGAUGUUCCAAUCCCAACUGUCACAACAACUAGGACAUGGACAGGCUCCGAGUUUGUGACGACCACUCAUUCUGUACCACCAGGAGAAACAGCUACGGUUGAAGUCGAUGUCCCAAUUCCAACCUUCACGACAACGAGAACAUGGACCGGUUCUGACAUUUCGACUACUACUCACACAGCAUCAAUAGGUGGAAAUGCUACUGUUGAGGUUGAUAUUCCUAUCCCAACAGUAACGACCACCAGAACAUGGACCGGUAACGGUACUAGAACCAUUACGCACACUGAGCCAGUUGGUGCAACUGCAACUGUUGAAGUUGAUCUUCCGAUUCCAACAGUUACCACAACGAAAACAUGGACUGGGUCUGAUAUGACAACCAUAACUCACACUGCACCACCUGGGGAAACAGCCACUGUUGAAGUCGAAGUUCCAGCGACUUCGAAUUCGUCAAUUUCUAGUAUAUCUCUGACAUACUCCAGUGUACCAAUUACAUCGCCAUUUGUGUCCUCAAGUAUAACUAGUGGCGCAGGUGUACCAUCUAGCACAUUGAAUUCAACAGUUUCAAGUGUACCAUUUACAUCACCCCAUGCCUCCUCAGAUAUAAGUAGCGAGUCAUUGACAUCAUCAAGGUCACUGAAUUCAACAGUCUCAAGCGUACCAACCACAUCAUCCUAUGCCUCCUCAGAUAUGAGUAGCGAGUCAGUGGUAUCACCUAGCAUGUCGAAUUCGACAGUUUCCAGCAUGUCAAUAUCGCCAACCAUAUCUAGUGCCCCAGCGUCAUUUUCUAGUAUGAAACCAAGCUCGAUCGCAUCUAGUGAAUCAGAUGUUCUGUCGAUAAUACCCUCCAUGCCUGUUAUAAUCAGUUCAUCUUCACGUCCUUAUUACGGGAAUUCAUCAUACCUACAAUCUUCCACAAUUGAUUCAGUCUCUUCAUCAGUGUCCUUAGACUUAAGCAGUGAUACUACAAGUAACUAUAUCACUCCGACAUCUUCCAUGGACAUCGUUUCUGAAAGUUCGAAAAACAUAGAAUCAUUAGCUACUAGUGAGACUAAUGAAUACACUUCUGUGAUGGAAUCAUCUGAAUCACAAGUAAGUCCCGUGUCAAGUAGCAUGCCGAUAAGUGAGAACAGUGUACACUUUACCACAGAAUAUCCUUCCUCCUCUAAUUCAGAAACAUUUGUGACAUCUGCUGCUAACCUAAUUACUAUUCCAUCUCCUACUACGUCUCACAACAGAGAGCUGACAAUUAUGGUAACAGAUCAUACGACUCUUUCAUCACUUUCAACUUCAGAUUCAACGGAUUCCAAUUCUGUUAUUCCAAAUGAAAAUACUUCUGAAAGAAAUUCAAAUCAAUUAUCCACCAAUUAUAAUAGUGCAACGGAAUAUGGAGGAAACACAGGUGAAAAUAAUACCCCGACAUCUAUCGUCACAGACCUGCUUACCAUUGCGACAACUACGCCGAAUACAAGCGCUUCUAGCAAAGGUAAAUAUGAAAUGAGCGAAACUAUAUCUAAUGAAGUCUCUAAUACCAGCACUAGCAUUGAAUCUGUUGGAACUAAUAGCGUACCUCAUAAUAAUGGAUCCGGUAAUGGAUCAAAUAAUGGAUCUGGUGCCCAGUCUUAUAGUGGGUCUAAUAAUGGAUCUGGUGCUGAGUCUAAUAAUGGAUCUAAUAAUGGAUCUAAUGGUAAUGGGUCUAAUAAUAGAUCAGGUACUGAGUCUAAUAAUGGAUCUGGUAAUGUAUCUAACUCCUCGCCGACUGAAACAAAUGGAAGUACAACCACAUCUGCAAUUGAAGGUACUUCCAACCCAUCCAUCUCCGCGCCAGCUUCAACGAGGGAAUGGGCAACUUCGACUUCUGGCUUUACGACUUCAUCAUCUUCACCAUCGUCCGUAAGUUCAGUUCCUACUGUCGCACCAAUGACCGGAUCUGGUUCUUUGACCAAACAUAUUUCCUUAUCAACUUUAAUUUUGAGUAUGUUGAUAGCCAUGAUAGUUUAG